AUGGCAACAUCAACAACAUACAACAGACAACAAAUUCUAGAAAUGAUUCAAAAUCAAAACUCGCUUAUUGAAUUUCAUAAACCAAAACAUGCAAAAAGUCUAAAAUGGGAGAAUUAUUUACAAGUUUUUGUUAAUGGUUAUAGUCAAUGUUUUAUAUCAUGUACAAAAUGUCGUUGUAUUCUUGCAUGGAAAUCGAGUGAUGGAACAAAUGUUAUGGAUAAACAUGAUAAAGCAUGUAAACAACAAGCACCAAGUACACAACAAUCAAUUAAAUCAUUUUAUUCAACAAAUAAUGGUGUUCACAAAAAGUUAGUUAUUUCAACAAAACGAAAACUUGCCAAUGUAUUAGCUGAAUGUUGCGCAAAAGAUAGUUUACCAUUUAAUUUCGUUAAUGGUGUUGGAUUUAAAGAAUUAGCUGAAAAUUUAAUGAAAGCUGGUCGACAGUUAGGUCCAAAUGUUUCAAUGGAUGAACUUUUACCUGAUUCAACAACAAUCAGUCGACAUAUUGAUAUCAUAUAUAAUUUUCGUAAAGAACAAUUGAUUUCAUAUUUAGAAACAAUGAAUUAUUACGUGAUAACUGUCGACUUUUGGACUGAAUCAAAAACUAAAAUACAUUAUGGUGGUGUUACUAUACAUACGUAUUCUGAAGAACAUGGUCUUCAAGUCUUUGUUCUUGCCUGCAAACCAUAUGAUUUAUCAAGUCAAUCAGCUGAAAAUAUUCGAUUAUUUACAAAUACAAUUCUCGAAUCAUAUGGUUUGAUGUUGGACAAGGUGAAAUACGUGGUCAGUGACAACGAGAAUAAAAUGCGUUCAUCUUUUAGGAAUAAUGUUGUUCGCAUCGGUUGUGCCACGCACUUCAUCAACAAGAUCAUUGAGCAUGCUUUAUGUAAAUCAGAUAUUGAUUGUGAUGCAAUUCAACAAUUAUUUAAUGAUAUCCAUGAUAUUGUUGUUUAUUUAAGAUCUUGUCAUAAUCAGUCAAAAUUGUCUAAGAAGUUGCAGCUGUUUUCAAAAAGUAGAUGGAAUAGUGCUUAUGAAAUGAUAUCUAGCUUUAUUAAUGUUUUUCCUGAAUUAAAUUGUGUUAUUACAGAUAAAGAUCGAAAAUCGAUUUUAUCUAGAAUUGAUUUUGAUGAGUUAUUAGCAUUUGCUAAAUAUUUGAAAUAUUUUGUUGAUGUUACAGAAUUGUUAAGUUCAGAAAAUACUCCAACAAUUCAUUUAGUAUUAUUAUUGAAACAACGUCUUAUCAAUUUAUCUCAAUCAAAUGAAAAUGAUCAUGAAUCAUUACAAAAAUUCAAAAAAUAUUUUGAAGAUCAAAUUCCAACAUAUUGGGAAGUUGAUGACGUUCAUUACAUAGCUGCAGUACUUCAUCCAAAUAUGAAACAUUUACAAAAAUCUCACCAAACAAAUGUAUCAUAUGAUUCAGAAGCUGAAUCACCACAACAAACAUCAUUACCAUCAAAUGGUUCAAAUGAUAUUUUAUCUGAAUGUUAUGAUCAACCUUCUGCAGCUGUUGUCAUAGCUGCUAAUGAUGAAUUUAAACGAUAUUUACAAUCGACUGAUACAUUAGUUGAUAAUGAAGAUUUAUUAACAUUUUGGAAACAACAAAAGGAUUUAUAUCCUAUAAUUUAUUCAAUAGCCCGUGAUAUUCUUAUUAUUCCUGCUAGUAAUACAGCAGUUGAACGCUUAUUUUCAGCAAGUGGUCGCACAGUAACAGAUACUCGAACACGUUUAUCAGGUGAAAAACUAGAUAAAUUAAUGUUCAUCAAGAAAAAUUUAUCAAUUUUGAAAAAUAUAUUUGGUAAAAGUGACAAAUUAUAUAAUCAUGAUCUUCAUUUUCAUUCAACGAACCAGAAAGGUGAAAAACGAUCACAUGAGAACUUAUCAAGUGUUGAUGGUAAUGAUAUUGUUGAUUUAAAUGAUUUAAAUGAUGAUAGUGAAGAAUUAUAA